UUAAAUUUUGAUUUUUAUUAACUGAUGUCAGAUUAAUAAAUAAUUGAGUUGUUUUAGUUUUACGGAUUAUUUUCUCAAGAAUAAUUUAAAAUUGCAGCAAAUCUGGAUGAAAAAGAAGAAAUAAUGAUUGCUGCCUCUGAUCCACAGGAAUAUGUUCCAAGUGGCCGGCAGCAAGCAUUACGCCACCCCGGUCCCUUGGAGCACCCUAUGAAGAGGACACCCGGAGAAGCGGAUGACUUCUUAUUGAAUAAACUUGAGAAAGUAUCGUUAGUUGAUACAAGAAAAAGUGAAUGGUGGAUUCUACGUAGAGCAACAGUUAAGCACACAAAUAAAACUGAUACUCAAGAAAUCGAUAAAUAUGUGUCAAACAAUAAGAGUUAUGCACCUUGUUGUAGUAAUAAAUCUCGUUAUAGUGAUUAUUUGGACGAAUCCUCCAGUUUUAAAAGCAGCGUGGAUGCUUAUUCUUUUAAUAAGCUUGGAAAGAGGGUGUCAGACGCAAAUGUUUCAAGAUUUGUUAGUAAGAGAGUGUCUCUAGAGAGCGAACACAAGAAUGAGUCGAAAAGUAGCAGCGGUACUAAUAAAUCUCAUUUUGGUAAGCCGACGUCAGCUGAUAACUCUACGUUUCGUGCUAAAGUCGACCCUAACUAUAUGGAAGAUGAACUAUAUGUCAAAGGUCACACAGUCAUAUGGUCUCGAGGUCUAGUUAACAACGCGGAUGGUCUAGACAACGGUAGGAAAACGAUUUGCUGUUACACAUCACCUUUACCUGUGCAACAAGCACUGUGGUGUACAUUUUACUGUGAGCGACCUAGUUUCGAUUCUAACCUGUUGGAUGCAGUGAAAUCUGACUCUCCUGUUGGCUCGCCUGUUGAGGCAGUUUGUAUCACAGAUUCGCAUAAUAUAAGGGUGUACACGCCAAAAGGGGAGAAUUUUACCAUCGCUGUACCCUUUCCGAUAAAUAAAUUGUGGAGUACAAAAUUCGGUAUAUUCAUUGAGGUAGAAAAUGAAGUUUUAGGUUCCUCUAGAGAUUUAGUUUAUGACUACCCUGCAACAUUAUACUCGCUAGCUUAUCCUUUAGACGAUAUUUGCCCGGUAGCUUUACAUCAGUCAAAUACUAUGAAUGUUCUUAACAAUAACAACUAUAAAGUGGUUUUCACUAGUGACCAUCCUAGCUUGUGUAUGAUCUACGAUUCGACGACUAAGCAGCACAGCGUUUAUCGAAUAAGGAAGAUCAAACCUAAUGAGAAAGAUUUCGGCAGUAAACUAAACAGUAAUUAUUCCACCGUCAAUACAUCGAAUAGGCUUAAAAGCAAAUUGUCUAUAUGGGAUAAUCUAGUAAAUAGCAAUAAUUUGGUAACUCCGAGCCUGGUUGGUGUGAAGCCUUCGAUCGUUACGAGUGCAGGACAUUUGCAGCAAACUCGAUCGUUUAGUUCCAUGGCAACGAUAAGUCGCUGCCAAUCACCGGCUGUCUCUUCGUAUGAGAGCCCUUGGCUCGCGCAGAAUUCCAGACUUAACAGUAGUUACUUGAAAGCGGACAAGUCAAAUCUGUCAAAUAAAUCCUUUUUUGAUUACUCGAAGACAAUGUCCUGUUUGAGAUCAAAUCCCUUGCUUUGUCUGGACUAUUUGUGGACCGAUAAUUAUUCCGUUCAGGAAUCCAACAUAGCUGGACCGGCCUCAAAGGUGUUCCUCGUAGACGAUUUGGUCGGUCAGUGGUACCUCUGCUACAUACUCGCUUCCAGAUGUCAGCUUUCUAUCGUAAAAAUCGACUUUUCCACUCCUACCAACAUUGCGUUCACGAUAUCGACGAGUAUAAGCGCCAAAGACGCUGUACCUCUACCGUUCUUGCAUAUGUUGGCCAUCCUGGAGCACAACGGCAACGUUACGCUGUAUUCCGGGCUCACCAUUGUCGGUAAAUUACAUGUUGGCGGCACGUUAGCGCAGCACACGCCUUCGCCCUAUGUUAGAAGAAAUAUGAACCUCAUGUGUUCUCCAUUUCCAAGGAGGAGCAGCCUUCUGCCCCAUAUUAAACAAACCGACGCGCAAUUCGACGAACACCUGCUCUCGCCCGUUUUACCGGCUAUUUCCUCCACGAUUCAACGGAAUCCGAACGUGUUACAGCUGUCGUUUCCGGACCAUAACACGGCGAGAUCGAUUCUAAGCGGCCUGAUAGACGCCGUAGAGAACCGUAUGACCCUCAAGUAUUCCGACGGUACUUUUUACAGGAUAACCAUGCCCAGCUUGGCGUGUUCCUCCCUAGUCGAAAGCUGUCUGGUGUGCCUGCAACAAGUUCUGCAGAAGGAGGUGGCUAUAGUGUUGUUGUGCAGGUGGUACGCCACAAAGAACGUGCUCGGGGCCCAGGAUACCAAUCCGGAGCAGGAAUGGGGCACGUUCACGGGACUGCUUUUAGAGCUGUUGGGGUACGACGAAGACCAGUCCAUCGAGGUGUCUAAAGACGUACCAGUAACCCCUUCGAGUGCAACGAAAAGACAGAAACAGUACUCGACGGGCACCGAAGACGACUGGAAUUACAUAUGCGACGCGCAGCAUCAGUACGUCGGUGAAAAUUUAAGCCGGAACCUCAAACUUACCCGCGGUCCGUACAUCGCGAAACCUGAAGAAAGACGUAACGUCGCCGUAAAUCCAAAAAGCGUGCUAUUCCCGUACAUCAGGCUGAUACAUUUUUCGCUGCACUUGCUCUACGAGGACUUAAAAUUGAACACUCUAAGGUCGCAGGAUCUUGCACCGUUAAUGAGGCUUUUAAAUAAACUCUCCCUCGACUUAGAUCUGGAAGAGUACAGUCUGCACUACUGGAAAGAUUUCCCAGACCAGGGCGUUUUGAAGGGCGACUCCAGCAUCGCUCAGAACGUCUUGAAGAGCGCCAACGUCUGGCCCGUUCUUAACGACAAGCCGCCGAACGUGUUUCGGCACAUUUACGAUUUGUUGAACAGGAGGGUUGUGCAAGCUUACCCGUAUUUAGCGAAUGUCAACGGUAGAUCCAGGGAUAUCGUCCAGUUAUGCGGCAUAUUAUCCGAAGCAAACCGUUCGACCGCCGGCGAAAUACAGUUAGAUAGCUUCGUUAAAGACGUGUCUACUUCAGACGUUUUUUAUCAGGCUCAACCGUCUAAAACGAUCGUUUUAGAUAACACGGCGAUAGAGCAAGUCGUUCUGCUCAUGGUCGAGAUGAAAAUCACCACACGCUACUUAGAUACGUUACCCGUCGGUAUUUAUUUCCUGUUUUACAACGCCCUGUGGAAAUGCAGAGAAAAUCCCCCUUCUGAUUGGCCCGCCGACGCCUACUACCUGCUGUGGAGGGAGGACCUUGCCGCCCAGGCCCAAAAAAUGGAAAAAGAUCAGCAGGAAUCUUCCCAGGAGCUCGUCGGGAUGUUCAGCAGCACCCAGUUGCAAGACGUCAUGCCGGGAAUCAAAGCCGAUUCGGAACAGUCGGACGGUAUGGAGGACAUCGACAAUUCUCUCACGAAAUUGAGGUUCAACAAAGACGUGAGGGUGAACGAGGCUAGAAACAUGUUGCAGAGCUCCAAACCGGUACCUAUAGUGCUUAGCCAGAGGCCCGACGUUUCCGAUCAUGACUUUAUCGAGGAACAGGAGAAGCAUCUAUACGGAAUUUGUAUCAGGACCAUGGCGUUACCUGUUGGCAGGGGUAUGUUCACGUUACGUACCGCCACCCCCGUGAUAACCGAACCCCUCCCGGCGCCACCUCUCUGCCUCACGGGCAGGGCCCCGCCCCGAGGCACGACGGUGGACUUGAACCACAUCGAUACGCCGGCGAACAUGAACCUGUGGCCCCUGUUCCACAACGGGGUGGCGAACGGGCUGCGUAUCACGCCCGACGCGCAUAACAUCGACAACACCUGGAUUAUUUUUAACAAAUCGAAAAGCGGCAUCGAUCCUCAGAUGGAACACGCUGGGUUCUUGCUAGCGUUGGGGCUGAACGGGCACUUGAAGAAUUUGGCUUUGAACAGCACCUUUAAUUAUUUGGAGAAGUUGCACGAGAUGACGAGCGUGGGGAUUUUACUAGGAUUGUCCGCCGCUUUUCGUGGUACCUGCCAUCCCAACCUCACGAAAACUUUGGCGAUUCACGUCGAAGCUCUGUUACCUCCCACGUCGAUGGAGUUAGACGUUCCUCAGAACUUACAGGUGGCCGGUUUGCUGGGAAUAGGCUUGUUGUACCAGGGAACCGCCCACAGGCACAUGACGGAGGUGCUGCUGUCGGAAAUCGGUCGACCGCCGGGGCCUGAGAUGGAGAAUAGCGUGGAUCGGGAGUCGUAUUCUUUAGCGGCGGGGCUUUCUUUGGGAUUAGUCACGUUGAAGCACGGCGGACACCCUGCCGGAUUGUCGGAUUUGAACGUGCCGGAUACUUUGCAUUAUUAUAUGGUCGGUGGAAAUAAAAGGGCCCUAACAGGUAGUCAAAAAGACAAGUACAAGACACCCUCGUUCCAAAUCAGGGAAGGUACCUCCGUUAAUUUGGACGUAACGGCACCCGGAGCGACUCUAGCUUUGGGCUUGAUGUACCUGGGCACUGGAAACAAGGCGGUGGCCGACUGGAUGGCCCCGCCUGAGACCCAGUACCUGCUGGAUUUCGUUAGACCCGAUUUUCUCAUGCUGAGGAUAUUAUCCAGAUCGUUGAUACUGUGGAACGACGUGGAACCAAGCAAAGGGUGGGUGGAAGGGCAAGUUCCCUCGACCAUCAGGCCGUAUUGCAUGGUGAAACCGUGUCAUUCCUUAGACAUCGACUACGAAGCUAUGAAUCAGGCUUACUGCAACAUAGUUGCUGGGGCUUGCUUUGCCAUGGGGCUCAAGUUCGCGGGAACCGCCAACAAGGACGCCUUCGAAACCCUGCUGUAUUUCUGCCACAUGUUCACUUCUCUCACUGGAAAGUCUAUAGCGGAGCUGGCUGGUAAAUCGACAAUCGAGACUUGUCUGAACGUACUGCUUCUGUCGGCAUCAAUGGUAAUGGCGGGGACUGGAAAUCUAGACAUAAUGCGCCUCGUCCGCCACCUAAGAAGGAGGGUGGGGGUGUCGAACAGCCCCGUCGUGACUUACGGAUCGCAUUUGGCCAUACAUAUGGCCUUGGGUCUUCUAUUUCUAGGAGGUGGUAGAUACACCCUCUCUAACUCUCCCUCUAGCGUAGCCGCCCUCAUUUGUGCGUUCUAUCCCAAGUUUCCUACACACAGCAAUGAUAACAGGUACCACUUACAGGCCUUCAGGCAUUUAUACGUAUUGGCGGUGGAACCCAGGUUGGUUAUUCCUAAGGAGGUUCACUUGGACGAAAUAUGCUACGCAAAUCUUAAGAUCGUGAAGCUGAAUGGAGCUACGAUAAACAUUAAGGCGCCGGGAAUUAUACCUGAUCUCAACACAUUGAUUAAAGUCGUGGUGGAUGACGAAAGGUACUGGCCGGUGGUAUUUGAGAGGGGUCAAAACUGGGAGCUUUUGGUUAAAAUCCUCUCCACUACGGGUUACAUCGAAGUGAAGCAGCGAGCCGGGUGUCUCAGCUACAUAGCGGAUAAAUUUGGAUACCACAGCCAGCUCGCGAGGACUCUUACUCAGUCGGAAGUGGUACCUUGGGACCCUUCCCCGUCGGCGAUAAUGUCCUUCACGUCAGACGAGUCGAUAAAAUUGUUCUGCGAUCACUUUCUAGCCACCGACGUACCCGGAAUGUGUCCAACCGAAGCUAAACUCAAGCAGAUGCUCUCGAAAAUCACCUACGACGCUGUGGUUAAGGACAAGCUGAUUGUGAUAUUAGUUUUUACGGCAUUAGUUAAGGCCAUUCUAGAGUUAGAUUCCUCCCCAAAUACGUUUAAUAUGUGGCAGUUGAAGCUGGUGUCGACACAAGUGCUUUCCAGGUCUGCUAUUUUCGAUCUCAUUUCCAAAGAAACUAUUAUGUCUCUGCAGCAAGAAGUCGUGGGCGUCUUCGAUGGGUGGGAAGAAAAUUUGAGGCAAACGUUACGGAGGUUUUUGUCGGGCGAAGAUUUUAGCAUGGACGCAGACGUUACGAAACUAAAGAAGCUUGCCAGUUACGUAACUUUCUAUGAUUUUCCUUACAAAGUUAAUAUUUGGAAAGGCAACGUAUUAGAAACUUUCGCUAAGAUGCAAACAAGCGGUUUGUCCACUGAAACCAUUAAAAAAAUUUUAAAGAUGGGCGACGUGUAUUGUUAAAUGUGAUUAUUUAUUUUGUUAGCUUAAUGGCUUAACUUGAAUUAUAUUUUUUGUAUAUGUUGAGAAUAGAUUUAUUUUGAUAUUUCCAGCCGAGUGUAUGCUUUCCGUCACAUCAAAUGUUGAACUUAAAUGUAUUAUCUCGUCGACCUUUUGCUUUCCUGAUGCAAAUCUUAAUGUACAUGUCGAAAUUAAAUUUAAAAGUAUCAGGAGCAUUUUUUGUGUAAAUACUUCUUCGAUCUU